CAAAUCUGAGUUUUAUUGGGUGUUGAAUAACCUUGGAUCUUAAGUAGCUCUUUCAAUCCGUAGGUCACUCUCAUGUCGCAGGUUUACUAUACAUAGUUGACAUCCAAGUGGAUUUCACAGUUGAUUCUCAUUGCCAGAACACUUCUACAAAACGUACUGGACGUCUUUGUGUUAGCUCAGUUGCAAAAAAAUGCCUAUCGAGUUCAGUGUUUUAGAACAUGCAGGAUAAUCAAAGUCUUCGUAUUCCUUAUUAUCGUCUACAUCCUGGACGUAACAGAUUUUGUUGUCAUGGCAGAGGGGUCUUUUCCCGGGAUAUGUGUAUAUUCACUAUUACCCUCCUUUUAAUUAUCUCAGUUACAGUUCUCUUCUUUGCUUUUGACUGCCGUUUUUUAACCCCCAUCUUAACUCCUGCUGUUCCUAUUUUAGCAGCGAUCCAGUUCCUAUAUGUUGUUACUGCAUUUCUUCGUACAGCAUUCACAGAUCCAGGAAUUAUACCACGGGCCACACGUCCUGAAGUAGAAUGGACUGAACUGUCAAUUAGUACUGGAGAUGUAUCUGGAAAUGACUCGAAUAACAAAAGUGAGCAUGAUGUAAAUGCAGUUCGAACUUAUCCACCCGGUGCCAGAACACGUCAAAUUCUAAUUGGAGAUCAUCUAGUCAAAAUUAAUUAUUGUCAUAGUUGUCGAAUUUUCCGUCCACCAAGAGCGUCACAUUGCUCUUCGUGUGAUAAUUGUGUUGGUAAAUCGCUUUGAAAAACGUUUAAUAUCAUGUUUCUCGUUUUUGUAUUCUCGGGCAAGAUAAUUUACGGAUUAGAAAUUCUGUUUGAAGUACUGCACGCUGUUUUAAUAUUGAGGGUAAUCGUAAUUUAUUGAUUUAGGCAGUUUAUUUGUCAACUACUAGAAAAUAAUCCACAAUCCUAUCUUCAGAUUUAACAUGAUAGGUAUAAUUCUCAGUCUUGUACCAAGUCUACGCCUGAUUUCUUUCCUACUAAUUUUGCUUAGUUAUUAUAGAUUACUCACUUUAUGUUACUAAUUUACACAAAUGCAGUUUUCUACAUCGUUACAAUCCAGAGUAUGAUUAUUACAACGUUAUUCCAUCAGAAAAAUUGAACUUCCACACCAAGAGAUAUGUUUAAAGAUUUUUAUUUCUAUUCCGAUUUACAGAUUUUUAGAUUUAUCUCGUUCACAGAUUGUUUUAGCCGUAAGUUGUCAUUAUUAGUCUGUAAUGUGUGUAUCACUGAAGAAACUCAUCAAUACCAUGUGUGUCAUCCAAAGAAUUUUUCGAUCCAUAAUGUAUGGUUUGCAAAUGAUCGAUCAAAGCCAAAUUUGUAGGUUACUUUCCAACCAAUCUAAAGUUUUUUAGUUUGUCUCAAAGAAAAUGAUGACCUUUGUAAUUCUGCCUAGUUCACUAAAUUGUAAAUCAUUCUGCUAGAACUUUUAGCUCACCUUUUAAAUAUAUUAUGACUAUGUAAACUAUAAAACUACAUGGAUCGAUCAAUCCGACUGUAACCAAACGGUGUUAUUUAAUACUGACAUCCGUUGUUACUGUUCUACCAUGAAGAUAUUUAGAUAGAGUUAUUUUUAAAAAGUGUAGUGAUCUUUAUCUAGUAAGAACAUUUUAGUUCUUAUUGUAGCUAAAGGAUGAAUGCUGUUCUAAAAUUGACAUUUAACUAGCUGUGUUAAUUUACAUCACGUGUAAGGUGACAAUGAUUGCUACAAAUUAUUAAAAGCGGAGUGCUUUAGACAUAUAGUUUAUUCUAUUCCUGCACACAUGGAGUUGAACUCUUGAUUUUCAGAGAGUUUAACAAACACAUUGAUUCAAUAUAUUUUCUUGACGUGGUGGUCAACUCUAUAAAAGUACCAAAUAGAAUGAUGUUAAAAACAAAUAUAUUGGCGUUUUGUUAGUAAUCAUACUAGUGAUUUUCAUUCAUUUCACAUAGUAUAUCUAUCCACCAGCUUCUUUCACAGUACCCCUCCUUAGUUUAAAUAAUAGUGAUAUAACAGUAUAUCAUAGGGUGAUGCAUAUAAAACACAUGCCCCCAUACUCUUCAUUCGUCGUCAAUUUUGUGUACUGUGUUUUAAGCCAUAGCCCCUGAAUGUCCUGGUACGGCUGGGGGUGGGGAGUGUCAGUGCUCAUGGGCUUCAUGAUCCUGAAGGAACAAAUGGCAUAUGAACCAAUUAUUGGUCAUUGGCUACCAUGGGACUGCAUCUCCUGACGUUGCUCCAUUGCCUUGUGAAUCAGACCUCUAGGUAGAAUGCUCUGGCUUUGGCCCCCUAAGAAAACCACCUGCUUCAGUCUGGGCACCCGGGCAGUAUCACAGCCUACAUACAAAUCAAGUGACUUGUGUGACGCAUAUGUAUUUGGUGCCCCUUUUUACCAAUGUUUAUGUGUUCAAGUAAAUAUCUUAAUUAAUUAAUAAGGCAUAUCUUGUGUAGUGCAAAAUUUUAUAAAACUACCCCACUUAUCUUGGAAUCUGUAUCCAAAAUCUGCCGAGUUACAUAUGUGCUUCCGAUAUUAGAUUGAUUGAGUUGAGUGUGAGACUUUCAAAAAGCGACAAUCAGUAUAAGAUCUAUCAUAAAAGUCCAUCUUCUUAAGUUUCCACACCAACUCCGCAUGAUGAAGUAACUACUGUCAUGUGUUUUUAGUUCCCCCCCCCGUAUUGUCUGUUGGGAAGUACAAGUCGCAUUUCGAUUGGCGAAUAAAUCACGUAAUAAUUAGCCGGGCUUAAAGUCACUUAGACCUAUAAAGAUUGAUUGAUAGUCUGUUUGAAUAGAUGUUGGACUUUCAAACCAAAAAUCUUUAUAGUAAUAAAAAAUUUUAUAAUUGCACAUUUUUGCAUUUCUUGUUUGAAUCCUUGUAGAACGUUUUGAUCAUCAUUGUCCAUGGAUUGGAAAUUGCGUUGGCCAAAGAAACUAUCGUUAUUUUAUAUUGUUCAUAUAUUCCCUGAGUAUCUAUUGUCUUUAUAUUUUAGUAUUUUCAAUAGUCAAUUUAAUUUUAUGUAAGUAAUUUACAUAUAUACACAAUUUUGAAUUUCAUUAUGAUCACAAAUGAUUUGCUGGAGUAAAUUAAUUCCUAGAUAGUUUUUUUCCCUAGUGUGGGACUGCUUAGCAGUCGAUGUUUUUGAUUUCACGUAGGAUCGAACCCAUGACCUUUAGGUCUCCCAACAACUUCUUAGCCUUUAUAUCAUUGGACCGGCAUUCAAUAGUUUACAUACCUAACUUCACCUGAUUCGCUAUAUUGCCCAAUCAUCUCCCAAUAUCAUUGGUAGGAAGUGCCUCACACUUGACAUAGCUGAACUCCACUCGUCAAGGCUUCUCAUUAUGGUUUCUAAAGUUACCUCCUGAAAUUGGCCACUAGUGAGCACAUGAUCAUUAUCAGUAUAAGAGUUUUGUAGAGAUUGUUCAAUUUUUUGGUUCGCAUGAUAAACCGACUUCAAUAAGGGAGUCAUUAAAAACCAAGAAGCAUUAGAUCUUUGUAUACCGUCUCAGUAGUCUAAAGGUUAAGCACUCAUUGCCAGACUUAAGGAUCCUGGGUUUGAUCCAUAGUGGGGUUAUGGAUGCUCGCUGCUGAGGGCCCCGUACUUUAUUACUUAUCAGCUGUCCGGUUCUUCCUGGUUUUCAACAGCUGUAUGAUUAACGUCAAUUCGUGUUGUAAACUAAAAUUCAACGAUAUUCUCAAACCUUCUGUACUAAUAAUAUUCUCUAGAUUAUGACACUUAUACUCUAUUUUGUCAUUAAUUAGAUUUUAAUAGCAUUUUGUCUCCUUAUUGGAAUUGUUGCUUUGUCAUUGAAUUACUCUGACGUAUGAUCAGUUGGUCGUAAACUGAAACUUCCCUACAUCUAUUUCAGUUUAGCCGGCUAAUUAUUAUUUCUCGUUAGUCUUUUAAAUAAUGUAGAUUUAGGCCAUAUACAUAAGCUUAUGUGUACCCUUAGUAAAGGGGUUUAACUAUCAUAUUACAUAAUACAUUAGGUACUGUCCAUUAUUGUCGAUAUAUUGGUUUUGUUUCUUCGAUGAGAAGCUUUACCGUUUUCUUAAAUUUAGCCACUGUCUUUCUCUUGUUCCGUUCAACUCGUUUGUGUUUUGAAGGAGAAGAUAAUCCAUUUUUUUCUAUUUUAAUAUGUGUUUACUCAUCAGUGGAAAAUGUUCGGAGAAAUUUGUGUUUUUCUCACAAUAACCUUAUUGGAGAAAUACUUUCUAAGCUGAAAUUUUUCUUUAAAAUUCAAAACCUUUUUAUUUUUUCACGAUACUUUUAUAAAAAUUAUGUUUUUAUUUUGCCAACUAUUGACUGAAUUUCUUGGAUUCCAAACGUUAUGAUUUAUUGAUUAUUAGUUAAAUUGGAUUCACGGAAUGUAUCUGCUUAUUUGCUUUUUUAUUGAGAUCAUGAACCGGUUACAGUUAGACAACCACCGGGAACACUAGGUCUUGGUGUAGUAGGACUCGGUUGUCUAACCUUCUACAUCAUUGGAUCUCGGCCUAGUGUUUUGAAGACUAGGCAUGCUCACUUGAGACGAAAGGUCUUGGGUUCGAUCCGUGGUAGUAGAGUCAUGAAUGUAUGCUUUCAAGCGGUCCUAUACUAGGAAGAAACAGCUGUCCAGUGCUUCCAGGUUUUCAAUGGUUGCCUAACUUAAAUCGUCUUGUGAUCCCAAUAGAACUCAAUAAUCUCUACAAUAUCCGCAUUUAUUUUUGUUUGGUUUAUUUAACUGCCAUCUAUUUACUUCAUAUUUAUUCUGGUAGAUUUGUUUAAUUUAUUCAAUUAGUAUCUUUUGGGAAUAUCUACUUUUUGAUUUAUUGUUUUAUGUAAAAUGGAUUUAGAUUCGGUUCGUGAAUUAUUCUUCAUGAUAUUUUUAUAGUUAUUUAUCUAUUUAUUCAACUCAUUUGUCAGCUACACCUUUAUGUACUUAACCUAAAGCUACACUCUGUGUGAGGGUUUUUAUCCUAUCCGGUUACCCACACCGAAGUAGGUGGGUAGUGAUUAAAACCAACAACUCAGUAGCUGCAAGUCGAACACCCUAAUCACUACCGAGCCAUAACUUCAUUAUGAAUUUGUUUGGAGUUGAUUAACGAGAAAAUAUAUAAUCAUCCUUAAAGUUCUAUUGUGUGUAUUUACUCACAAAUUCAUCAAUGUUUUUGUAAUGAUUCAGUAUUAUUGUACCCUUAUAUGAUUCCAAAUAGUCUUGGAAAUGUAAGUUAUGAAAUCGAUAAUUAUUAAUUCAUAGCAAUUAUGUUAGUUGUUGUGACUCGUCGAUUUUAGUCAAAUCAGUAGUAGUAAUAGUGUAGUGAGUGCUAUUCAUGCUGACAGAUAUAAGUAAUACGUAGCCGUCAUUGGAAAUGGAAUACCUGGCAGCAGAAGAUUAAAUUAAAGAUAACAGAAAGGAGAUUAAAGAGCAGUCAAUAAUAAUUGUAUAGGUAAAGGACAACGCAAAGAAGAUGUAAGCCACUGUGCAAUUUUGCAUUAUACCAUAAAUUGGUUUACCCUAUAAGUCUUCGUUCGGUGCAGUAGUAGUAUUAGUAUUACAAAGAAAAAAUUAAGAAAUAGUAAAACAACUACACCAAGAAAUAGACUAAAAAUAAUCCAUUAUUAUCGUCAUAAUAAUCAAGGAAUAUAUGUUAGUCAAAAUAUCAACAAAAUCUUCCCAUUUCCAUACGUUUUCAAUCUACAGUUCAAAAUGAAUUAUAUUCGUUUAUUUUCGAUAGUUGUUCGGCAAACAAAAGAGGAACUGUACGGAAAACACCAGUUAUUAUUGAAUAAGAACAGUCAUAUAUUAUUUGUGUGUAUGUAUAGCUUGAAAUGAAAUUCACUAUUCGACUUUAAUCACAGACUGACAUCAGCUGUCAAGCCAUUGAUAACUGGUGACGAUCAAUCACGUCAGUUAGUCAGUCAUAAUCAAUGUAGAGGCUGGAAAAUAAGCAUGCUUACCUGAGCCGCCAUACCGGCUCAACACGAUGAAAUGAAAUUAACAAGGUGAUUAGCUUGGACGUCGAAAUAAAAUAGUGAUAAUAAUGACUCGAAAUAUUAAACGUUGUGAAUAUAUUUCGGAAGGACUGAAUGAAAAGGUCUGUCCGAAGGAAUACUGGCAAUCAAGAUCCAGAGUAAGACAAAAAGUGAGUGGAUCUGCUCCAUUGUGACAGACUACUAACCAUAUCUCCCAGUCUUCAAUCACUAAUAGCGUUUACUGCAUAGAUCCCAAUUAGGAAGUUUACAUUUAACAACAUAACUCAGACGUACAGUCAGUUGUCCUUUGGUUUGUUGGCUAUGAUGUCACUCUAUGGUAGUCACACUCUAUCUCAAGUUAACUAAAAUUAGAAUUGCGGAUAAUUAUGUUUCAACUUAGUUGCUUAUCACUAUAUUACUGGUUGCCAUAUUUGUAGUUCCUGUAUUCAACUUUUGAUGAAAUGAUAAAUCUCAAACGAGAUCUAAUCUUUCUUUUUUAAUAAAAUUUUCAGCUUAUUUGUCGCUCCAUAUUUGUAAGAAACUAUUCACAAAUUGUAGCCUUUUUUGUAAAAUCCUUUUAACUCUUCAUGGUACAACUGUUCAUAUUUUCUUUGUUUAAUCCUCUUAUUUUUGAUUAUAGCCCUAGUCUCAGUUUAUUUAAUGCCUUCAGCCAUUAAUUUGUUCUUCAUUGAACCUUUUAUCAUUUCCACGAAAAAAUAUUCAACGAUAUUCUCGAAUUGUUCAGUCUUCAGAUAAUUAAAAUAACCCAUAGUGUCGCUGAAUAAGAAACAGAAUUCAGCGAGGAAAAUUUUCUUUUCAACGAAAUCUGUACAUUCGUAUAUAUAGUUAUAUGGAAAAUAGAUGUCUAUAGGAGGAUACAAAAGAUUGCAUCAUACAAAUGGAUUCGAGAGUAAAUAACAAAUGAGGUUACGUUCUAAUCAAGGAGUAAGGAAGAAAAUCGUUUAUGGAUCAGAUAAUAGUCCAAUUGACAAAUAUUAAGAAAAGCGACAAACACAAAGGUCAUAAUAAUAGACUGAAUAAUAAUCAAAUAUUGGGUUUAGGUAAACCAUAUGGAUUCGAGAGAACUGAACCCGAAGGUUUUAGUAUAUUAAACUUUUCAUUGUUAAUGACGUUCGUUUUAAGAAGCUUUAAUAGAUUGGACUUCACUCUGGAUUCCAAUUUUCUAACAUUAAUAUUAGAUGAAGCGUCCUGCAAGAAUUUACUCUGAUCACCCAGUAUAAAUAACAUUUUUCUUUAUAGUCACAUUUAUUGAUAACGACCACCCGUGAACCUUUGUCAGGUCUGAGGAUCACAAUAUCUGAUCUACUCUAGAGGUUUUUUAAUGCGGCGAAAUGUUUAGAAGUUAAAAUACUCCUUUGUCUGAUUUGAGAACUGUGAAAGUGGUAGGCAACGUCAACCAAUUUUUCCUAUCUAGGGUGGUUGGGACAAGAGGGUUCAACUGAUCAUAGAGAUUUUCAAAUUGAGUAUCUAUCGACAGAUCAGAAAUCUUGGUAUGUGCAACGAAGAAAUUAAAUCCGAGUGAUAGGGCUUCCUUCUCAAAUACAGAAAGCCUAACAUUUGAUAAAUGUGAUACAUAUUUAUCAGGGUUAAAUUGAAAUGAAUUUCCAUCAUUAUCAUCCAUAAGAGAUUUACUCAGCUUUUGUUUGGUAGUAUAAUUUGUUUUAGCAACCACUGUACUGCAAAAGUUCAUGAAUUUAAUAUGACAUAUAUAAGAGAGAUAUUCGAUAAUACGCAUGAUGCCUGAGUAUGAAGUUCAAUUAGUUUAUUUAUCAUAUCAUUGCAUUUUUCUUUAUGAGAUUUCGCAAGCCGCAAAAGAUUAGAAACAUUUGGAUGCAACUUAUUGGAUCGUAAGGAUUUAUAAAACUGUCUUGGAAAUGUGUGUGUAAUAAUGCAGGUCUUGUAAAACUCCAGUUUUACCUUUUCAGAUGCAAUUUUGCACUUCAGACUAGCAAGUUCAUCUAACCGUUUGAUGCAAGACGAAGGAGUCUUCUUUUCAAGAAUUUAAAGCAAUUAGUUCCUUUUAUAAAUUUCGAUAGAACAAUGAGAAGACGGAGUUUAUCUGAAAAAUGUGAUGUAUUUGAGCUAUACAUUUCGAACAAUCUGGUCACACAUAUACUUGUCAAGGCAUUUUUAUAUGAAAAUUAAUAAAGGUCAAUUAAAUGAAAGUUCAAGUAAAUUAACAAAGGUGAGAGAAAGAAUAAAAAUUGUCGCGUUAUCCUAGGCCAUAGAAUGACUUAAGGAUUACCAAGGUAAAUUCAAGGUUACGACGGUGUAGCUAUGGGUAGCCCUUUGGGGCCUCUUUUAGCUGAUGUUUCCAUGUCAUAUGUGGAAAAUAUGACGAGCGAGCUUAUUAGUGAGGCAACUCUAUAUAGAAGAUACAUGGACGAUAUUCUAAUUAUGUGAUAACGAUUUUGAUGUUAACCGAUUAUUGGAUUAACUCAAUGGUGUUCAAGAUGAUAUUGUGAUGACAUAUGAAUCAGAAAGUAAUGACCAAUUGGCCUUUUUAGACAUACUUUUUAAGUAGAAGGGAUGAUGGAACUAUUAGACAUUCAGUGUAUAGGAAACCGACUUGGACGGGACAAUACUUAAAUUUCCAUAAGCUCGCUCGUCAUAUUUUCCACAUAUGACAUGGAAACAUCAGCUAAAAGAGGCCCCAAAGGGCUACCCAUAGCUACACCGUCGUAACCUUGAAUUUACCUUGGUAAUCCUUAAGUCAUUCUAUGGCCUAGGAUAACGCGACAAUUUUUAUUCUUUCUCUCACCUUUGUUAAUUUACUUGAACUUUCAUUUAAUUGACCUUUAUUAAUUUUCAUAUAAAAAUGCCUUGACAAGUAUAUGUGUGACCAGAUUGUUCGAAAUGUAUAGCUCAAAUACAUCACAUUUUUCAGAUAAACUCCGUCUUCUCAUUGUUCUAUCGAAAUUUAUAAAAGGAACUAAUUGCUUUAAAUUCUUGAAAAGAAGACUCCCUUCGUCUUGCAUCAAACGGUUAGAUGAACUUGCUAGUCUGAAGUGCAAAAUUGCAUCUGAAAAGGUAAAACUGGAGUUUUACAAGACCUGCAUUAUUACACACACAUUUCCAAGACAGUUUUAUAAAUCCUUACGAUCCAAUAAGUUGCAUCCAAAUGUUUCUAAUCUUUUGCGGCUUGCGAAAUCUCAUAAAGAAAAAUGCAAUGAUAUGAUAAAUAAACUAAUUGAACUUCAUACUCAGGCAUCAUGCGUAUUAUCGAAUAUCUCUCUUAUAUAUGUCAUAUUAAAUUCAUGAACUUUUGCAGUACAGUGGUUGCUAAAACAAAUUAUACUACCAAACAAAAGCUGAGUAAAUCUCUUAUGGAUGAUAAUGAUGGAAAUUCAUUUCAAUUUAACCCUGAUAAAUAUGUAUCACAUUUAUCAAAUGUUAGGCUUUCUGUAUUUGAGAAGGAAGCCCUAUCACUCGGAUUUAAUUUCUUCGUUGCACAUACCAAGAUUUCUGAUCUGUCGAUAGAUACUCAAUUUGAAAAUCUCUAUGAUCAGUUGAACCCUCUUGUCCCAACCACCCUAGAUAGGAAAAAUUGGUUGACGUUGCCUACCACUUUCACAGUUCUCAAAUCAGACAAAGGAGUAUUUUAACUUCUAAACAUUUCGCCGCAUUAAAAAACCUCUAGAGUAGAUCAGAUAUUGUGAUCCUCAGACCUGACAAAGGUUCACGGGUGGUCGUUAUCAAUAAAUGUGACUAUAAAGAAAAAUGUUAUUUAUACUGGGUGAUCAGAGUAAAUUCUUGCAGGACGCUUCAUCUAAUAUUAAUGUUAGAAAAUUGGAAUCCAGAGUGAAGUCCAAUCUAUUAAAGCUUCUUAAAAUGAACGUCAUGAACAAUGGAGAGUAUAAUUUUAAAAAAGUGCAGAAAAACAUGCAAGGAAAAACAACCAGAAACAUAUUCUUUAAGGUAAUUAGGGCCAAGGAGGGAUGAGAGGUUGGACGAAUCGUUUCUGCACGCAAAGUUCUGGUUUGAGUUCGUGGAUUGCCGAUGCUUCAGCAGUGUAUAGAAUAUUGAUUCGACACCCCUUCGAUCCAGGUCUUUUGACUCAGUAGUUUAAAAGAAUAAUCUUUCGGAGCGUUUUGUCCACAAUUAAUUGGAAUGCUGGUGUAUAGAACCAGUGAUUGUCUUACAUUCUUCUUUUAAAAGCCAAGCCGGAUAGUGUCCUGAGAUGCGUUUGGAAAGUGAUCGCAUUGUACGGCCUAUAUAGCGAGCCCCACAUGAGCACGUAAAUUUAUAAAUAAACAUAGGUGUGGCCCAAUGCGGAAGUUUAUCUUUAACACAUUCAGGAAUGGUUGGACAGCUUGAGAAAACAAUGCGGAGCUUGGAUGUGUAGAAAGUUUUAUUCAAUUAUUUUGAAAUCCGUUUGUUUAAGAUUUUAGCAGCCGUGUCUCCUUUAAAUUCCAUAUUCAUAAACAGGGUUUUCUUCUGUACUGUCGAUGGUUUUUCAUGGUGAAGUCUAGGUGUUAAGUUGCUAUAUACGAAUCUAGGUGGAUAACCGUUUCUGAUGAGAGUUUGUUGAAGAUGAGAUAGUUCCCCAUCUAUUGUGUCAGUGGAACAGACUCGUUUGAUCGUAGAGGAUAAAGAGUGAAUUAAAUUCCUCUUUCUACUCAAUGGGACUCUACUAUGGAAAUUCUUGUAUUGUCCAUUCCAAUUAGGUUUUCUAUAUAUAGAUAUUUGUAGGAAACCGUUUGGCAUUCUUUUCAAUCGGACAUCAAGAAAAUGAAAUUCAUUGUUUGCCUCUGCUUCUAAGGUAAAUUGAAUUGAGGGGUGACAAUUAUUGAAACUACUCAAAAUUUCGUUUAGGUCCAUGUCUUCUUCACAAAUAAUAAAAGUAUCAUCCAUAUAUCUCUUAUAUAAAUGAAAUCUCUCAAUUAUCUGAAGAAGUAGAGAAUUUUCCAGAUUGGUCAUGAAACAAUCAGCCAAGAGAGAAUCCAAUGGAGAACCCAUUGAAACUCCAUCUUUUUGUCUUUAGAAAUCAUCAUUAAAUCUAAAUUGCACGUUGAGCGU